AGCCUCUUCCAAUAGCCAACACACACCGGUGCCCUUGCUCUGUCCGUACAAUUUUGCUGGCUUUAUAGGUUCUGGUGUGGUGGGUUUUCGCUGUUUGUGGAUGCCAUUGCCUUUGCAUUUAAGGUGAAGUGUGAAGGUGGUGGUGGUGGUGGUGCCAACAGCAACUACUUCUACAACUAACUAGCUAAUUGAGAGCCCCAUUUGGAGGUAGGAGAGGAGGAGCAGAGCAAUCAAAGCUUGUUGGUUGCAGAGUUUACAGAUACAGAUAUUCAGAUUUAGAUGUGUCAAAGGAUCCAUCUUUAUCUUAGCUAAUUGAGAGCCCCAUUUGGCUUAACUAACUAGCUUUGGCAUUGGUUGUUCAUCUUUCUCAGUCAGUUUUAUGAAAGUGAAGAGAAAACCAGUAACCCUUUUGUUCUCUUAUCUUGCUUCCUCUAGCUAUUUUAUAUGCUCCAACCCUUUCUAAAUUAGUCAGACUCAUUUUGGUAGCCAGUGUAGUUCACAUUUCACUCAAUUCAAUGCUCUAUCUCCUGAUCUCUUGUGUCUCCUUCAUUCUUGUUUCCAAGUCCUUCACUAACAAGCAAGCAUGGCAGGAGGGUAAGCUUAAGUUCUUCUCAACUGGGUUUUCAGAUUUCUUAGUGUCCUGGUUUCAGAAGAGUAGGCUUUAUACUGCUUUGUUCCAACCCAUUAGCUUCAGAGUUAGACAAAUGGUGAUGAAGGGUUCAGGUUCAAGAGUGGUUGUGGAGAAUGUGGAUAAUGAGCUAGAGGUUGGGCAACUUUGUCUGUUGGACUUGCCUGAUUUGACAUUGGAGUGCAUUCUCGAGAAGCUUCCCCCAUCUGGGUUGUGUAGUAUGGCUGGAGUCUGUAGUUCCGUGAGGGAUAGGUGCGUAAGUGACCAUUUUUGGGAGAAGCAUAUGAAGCAGAAAUGGGGUAAACUGAUUGGGGCUGCUGCUUAUAAAGAAUGGGAAUUGCAGCAAGUGGCUUUAGCAAGAAAAACAAAAAGUCAAUCUGAUCAAACCAAGAAGACAAGUGUAUUUAAGUCCCUUUCUGGGUUCUUGCCUUUUCGUUCAUGGGUGAUCAUACCAAAAUUACAAAGUUCCAGGGUAAAUAUUACUAGUGCUACUACUUUGCCGGUUGAUUCAGUCAUGUCCUUAUAUCUUUCUCUUCAAAAAGGAGACUUCUGGUUCCCAGCCCAGGUCUAUAACCGUGAGAACGGGAAUGUCGGGUUUAUGCUGUCUUGUUAUGAUGCCCAACUGAGUUAUGAUUCGGGAACCAACACAUUUCAAGCAAGGUAUUCGCCUUAUGGGAGGAGGACAAUGGAGGAACACAUACCGUGGGAUAGACUAAGAGCUGCCCCAGUUGAUACUCCCUCACAUAUGCUUCAUGCCUCUGAUUGUUUACAUGACUUAAAACCUGGUGAUCAUAUUGAAAUCCAAUGGAGAAGAAGCAAGGAAUUCCCUUAUGGUUGGUGGUAUGGUGUUAUUGGCCACUUUUACCUGUGCGAUGGGAAAGAGAAUCACUGCCAUUGUCACUACAAUGAUGUAGUAGUAUUGGAGUUUUGUCAAUAUACUCCUGGCUCGCGGUGGAGACAAAUGAUGAUAAACCGAAAAGACCACAGGGAAGAAGGAAACGAGGCAUAUGGUUUCUAUGGAGGAAUUAGAAAGCUUAACAGUGCAGAGGAAAUUGCAAAAUGGAAGCUCCUAUGGCCUAACCAAGUCCUGGAAUAAGUAUUCCUCUCUCACUCAGGACUGAUUCCUAAAUAAUGACUGAGAAUGCUUUUGUUUUUGCUUUUUGUGUUUCAAAAGCUUAUAGUCAGGGACAUUGGAUAUUUGGAUCUAUUUGGGAAAUAGUUGGGGUAGCUCAAACAUUUGUAAAUCAACAUCCAAUGGAGUAGUCAUUCUUAGAGGAAUCAAGCUAAAUACCAGAUGAAUUUGUUCACUACU